AUGAGGGGAAGGGGUUGGGGGGUGAAGGGCGGGAGCUCCUUGCACACGGGUGCGGGGCCCUUUGAGAUGGGAAGGGCACGCCGUCCCAAAUGCAGUUCCAUCGGGUGGCAUGGGGUCCUGAAGUACAGCCCACACCCGUCACCUGCGGGCCCGACUCGCGGGGGGGUGACCAGGGACGGGCACAGCACGCUGCGAACGUAG